AUUGUGAUCCCUUAUGGCUAUGAUUUAUGAAUAUGAAUAUGAAUGUUUUUCUUUUUCCCCAUUGAUUAUUCCUGUUGCUGUUCCACAUCAUAAUCAUCAUCAUCAUCAAGUUUGACCUCCUUCUACGUACCUCCCUGACUCCACAACCCAACUCUCAGAGAAGGGAACACCAUCAUGAAGAUAUUCAACUGGGUGCAUAAAAGAUUUCAUCAUAGCACCACUCUCAAGGAUGGGUUUGCUUCCAACAUGAAAAACAUUGAACCUACGAGAAGCAAUAAUGAGGAUAGUGAAGGAAUGAUGAAACAAGUAGCGUUGGCUGAAUUGUUUGGUGGUUGGAAAGAUGGGAUUCUGACCAUUGGCACUCUUGGCUGUGAUCCAUUGAUCAACUCCUACAGCCAAAACAAACAGUACUACGCACUUGAAAGCGAAGAAGACCAGGAAGAAGAGGAAGAACAAGAAGAUGAGGAGAACUAUAACGGUGAAGAUGAUAAUGAAGUGAACCCAUUGAUGCAGAGCACAUUCGAAGAAGUGAAGAAAGUUGAUGUGACUGAUGAGAAUAGUAUUGAGGAAAUGGAAAAGAAGAAGAAAGGGGAAAGAAUCACAUUAGCAGACUUAUUCUUAGCGGAUUCAGAUGUGAAGAUGGAGGGUGCAAAAUCCAAAGAUGAAAAACAAAGUAGUAUCAUGAAAGGAAAGCAUCAUAAUCAUGCUCAUAUGCAUGCCCUGUCUUUCACCAAGAAGCUCAUUCCCCGUGGUCUUAACAAGGAUAACCCACACCCAAUUCAAGAUAUCAAGAAAUUGAUGAAGAAAAUGUUAAAGAGAAAAAUCCAUCCGGAACUGCUGGAUGUUAAGAAUCCCAAAACCAGUGACACCAACGACACAGCUUCUUUGCUUCUAAUUUAAGCCAAUAACAUAGCUGAGGCUGGCGAGUUGUUAAGCUCUGGAACUUGUCUCUGUUUAUCUGAAAAUACCAAGUAAUUUAGUUUAUGACAAGUUAAAUAUAUAUGCUUCAGGUUUUGCUUUUGUGUACUUUAUGAACAAUGGAAUUGAAUCAUGUGAUCUUCUUUUGUGCUCUUCCUCCACUUGUAUUCGUUCG